UCCAGUGGUCUUAUUGUUCCAGAGAAAGACAGCAAUGAAACAGUACCAGAAGUUGUAGCUACUUCUGGAUAUGCCCUUCUGCAUUUCUUCAGUGAUGCUGCCUAUAAUUUAACAGGGUUUAACAUCACGUAUAAUUUCAAUAUGUGUCCCAAUAAUUGCUCCGGCCGAGGAGAGUGCAAGCUCAAUAACAGCAACAACGCUCUUGAAUGUGAAUGUGCCAAAUACUGGAAGGGAGAAGCUUGUGAUAUUCCCUACUGCACAGAUGAUUGUGGGGCACCUGAGAGAGGACAUUGCAACUUUAACGAUACUAGAGCAUGUUCGUGCUCCGCAGGCUGGCAAGGUCCUGGCUGUUCAAUUCCUGUUCCUGCAAACCAGUCGUUUUGGACCCGGGCGGAAUAUUCUCUUCCAAAACUUCCUAGAGCAUCUCACAAAACCGUUAUCCAUGACAAUAAAAUGUGGAUUGUUGGAGGCUACGUCUUCAAUCAUUCUGACUCUCAGAAGGUUUUAGCGUAUGAUCUUAUUUCUGAAGAGUGGCUUCCACUGAACAACACUGUGAACUCUGUAGAGAUGAGAUAUGGUCAUUCGUUGGCAUUACAUAAGGAUUAUAUAUACAUGUAUGGUGGAAAAAUAGAUGCUACGGGGAACGUGACCAGCCAGCUGUGGGUGUUCCACAUUCCCACCCAGACCUGGAUUCAAAAGACACCAAAAACCAAGGAGCAGUACGCUGUUGUUGGCCACUCAGCACACAUUGUCACCCUGGAAGAUGGCAACACAGUCAUGCUCGUCAUCUUUGGGCACUGCCCUCUUUAUGGGUAUAUCAGCAAUGUCCAGGAAUAUAACGUGGACACAAAUGAAUGGAACAUUUUACAGACAAGCGGAGCUUUGGUGCAAGGAGGGUACGGUCACAGCAGUGUUUACGAUCCACAUACAAGAUCAAUUUAUAUCCAUGGAGGUUACAAAGCGUUCAGUGCCAACAAAUACAGGCUAGCAGAUGACUUGUACAAAUAUGAAGUUGAUUCUCGUAUGUGGACUAUUCUUAAAGACAGUAGAUUUUUUCGCUAUUUGCACACGGCUGUGAUCGUGAGUGGAACCAUGCUGGUGUUUGGAGGAAACACGCACAACGACACCUCCAUGAGCCACGGUGCAAAGUGCUUUUCUUCUGAUUUUAUGGCAUAUGAUAUUGCUUGCGAUCGGUGGUCUGUCCUUCCUCGCCCUGGUCUCCAUCAUGAUGUGAACAGGUUUGGACAUUCUGCUGUCCUCUACAACAGCACCAUGUAUAUAUUUGGAGGCUUCAACAGCCUCCUCCUGAGUGACAUACUAAAGUACACACCUGAGAGAUGUGAAGCUUUUGACAAUGAAACAGAGUGCUUGCAAGCAGGUCCUGGCAUCCGAUGCGUGUGGGCUACCAUCCCUCCUCACUGCAUCCCCUGGGAAAUGGCAACGGUAAAGCAGCAGCAAAAGGUCUUUGAAGACUGUCCUCCCAAGCCAGUUGUAGACAAUGAAAAAUGUGAUCAGAUUACAGACUGCUAUAGCUGUACAGCAAAUACAAACAACUGUCAAUGGUGCACUGACCAGUGUAUCUCAAUGCAUAACAACUGCACAGAGGAACAGGUUCCUAUUACUCUAUAUGACAAUUGUCCUAAGGAUAACCCUGCCUAUUAUUGUAACAAAAAGACAAGUUGUAAAAGCUGUGCCAUGGAUCAAAACUGUCAGUGGGAACCUAGGAAUCAGGAGUGCAUCACUUUGCCAG